GUGAAGGUCAGAGCGGAGGAUACCACUGGGUCAACAAAACACCAGUAACCAAGGACAGGACGUACUGGUGUUGAUGCUGCAGGAGGGAAUUGUCCACAACCUGCACCGUGCUAAACCUCAAAGUGACAGGGAGCCGUCAUCUGACUGCAGCGUGACUUCACAUGAAUUUGCAUGGAUUUGGGAGAGAAGAGCACAAGAUGUACCCCCGGUGCCCCCGCCCCGGAGCCCGAGGAGGGGCGGCCUCUGCGCGGUAUAAACACGCACAGCGCGCCGGACUGCAGCUUCCCCUCAGCCCAUCACGCACUGUCCAUGACCGGACUGUGAAACACAUCUGCAGAAUCAGAGGCAUCUGGAGACUGGAGUUUGUUCUCUCAUCAGGAAACACUCAUCGUUAUUAGCAGCCAUGCGCAUCAAUAAAUCCAAAGUAGCCGUUGGAUUUAUAGUGACUGGGGCGCUGACGGUGCUCUUUGGAGCGGUUCUUCUCUUUGUGGGACCAGCGGUGAUGAAGGACCAAAUAAUUAAAAACACUGUGAUCAACCCAAAGAACGAGCUGUCCUACACCAUGUGGAAGGACGUCCCCGUGCCCUUCUUCAUGUCCGUCUACUUCUUCAAUGUCCUCAACCCCAAGGAGAUCCUGAAAGGAGAAAAGCCCAUGGUGGAGCAGCGAGGACCUUAUGUGUACAGAAAACGUAUUCAGAAAGAAAACAUCACGUUUCAUCCCAACGACACAGUUUCAUACAGGGAAUACAGGACAUACUUCUUCGAGCCGUCCAUGUCUGCCGGGAACGAGUCCGAUGUCGUCACCAUACCAAAUAUGCUGGUGCUGGGAGCAGCAGUGAUGAUGGAAAACCUGCCCUUCGCACUGCGUUUAAUGAUCAGUGCAACCUUCAAGAGUUUCAACGAGGGGCCCUUCCUGACCAAGACCGUAGGGGAGCUGAUGUGGGGGUAUGACAGCGGACUGGUCGAUUUCCUUAAUAAAUACCUGCCCGGCAUGCUGCCCUCAUCGGGGAAGUUUGGCCUUUUUGCAGAGUUCAACAACUCCAACACCGGUCUGUUCACCAUCUUCACCGGACAAGACGACAUCAGGAAAGUUCAUAAGGUCGAUUCCUGGAAUGGUCUGACAAAGCUGAGCUACUGGGGCACUCCUCAGUGUAACAUGAUCAAUGGAACAGCUGGCCAGAUGUGGCCUCCCUUCAUGACAACAGAGAGCACUUUGCCUUUCUACAGCCCUGACGCCUGCAGAUCCAUGGAGCUUGUUUACCAGCGUCCUGGUAAGAUGAAGGGCAUCCCUCUAUAUCGAUAUGUCGCCCCCAAGACCCUGUUUGCCAACGGGACAGAUUACGCCCCCAAUGAAGGCUUCUGCCCCUGCAGACAGUCUGGCCUGCUGAACGUCAGCAGCUGUCGCCACAACUCUCCAGUUUUCAUCUCUCAUCCUCAUUUCUACAACGCUGAUCCUGUGCUGCUGGACUACGUCCAGGGCCUCCACCCCAACGAGGAAGAGCAUGGCCUCUUCAUAGACAUUCACCCACAAACCGGGGUCCCUCUGAAUGUGUCCAUCCGUCUGCAGCUCAAUCUCUACAUGAAGAGAGUGUCAGGAAUUACAGAAACUGGCAAGAUUUCUGAGGUGGUGAUGCCCAUGAUCUGGUUUGAGGAGAGCGGGUACAUCGACGGCCCCGUCCUCACCACCUUCCACACUAACCUGGUUGUCCUUCCCGCCGUGAUGGAGUACAUGCAGUACGGCUUCAUUGCGCUCGGCCUGGCUACGAUUAUAGUCGCCGCCGUGGUGCAUCGUAAAUUGAAGAGGUCUCAUAGAGAAGCGACAGUGAGCUCCACAGUGGUGGAAAACCCCGGGGCCUCCGGUAAAGAGCCGGUAAAAGGCUCACAUGGCCACGACGCGCAGGAGAAAUAUAUCAUAAAUAAUUCAGAGAAAUAAAUGUGAAAGUGGCACCGCACCAGAUGCAACCGCAAGCACUUCAACCGGAGAGAAAGACCCACUACUACGAGAUGAAAUGGACUGACACACACACACACACGCGCGCGCACACACACAGUGAUGUUGUGGACUCACUGGCGACCAACAUCACUCCAGUAUCUUGAACUGAGACAUGCUCCGCCAUGUUUUACUUUACUGUAAAGUCGAUGAAACUCUGGGCCGGAGACUCAUGCACACUUUGUUAAGUGUGUUUGUGUCGAGGCUGUCGGAGCUGAGACCUUUGGCCUCUGAAGGCAGAACGAGUGAAGAUGCUUCUGUCACUGAAAAACACUUCUUUUUUUUGUACAAUGAACUUUCAAAAAAAAAAAAAAACUAUUCGAAUUUCCAUGUGACAUUUGUGAACGUGUCCUCAGGCUCAGCUCAGCUGAUCUGAAUCAUUUUCCACUUUUAUCACUCCAUCAGGAGGAAGAGUAGAUGAUGAGAGGGGACCAUUUCAGAGUCUGAUUAACCUCAGUGUUCUUGUGUUUCAGGGAUUUCAAAGAUCACAAACUGAAUUUGUUAUUGAGACUCGAGCAGAGUUUAAAACGCUGCGCUGACAAUCAGUGAGUCGAGCAGAGCAGACGCGCUCCUGUUUGUACACUACUGUCCUCUGUAAAGGUGUGAAUGUGUUUCUGUAAACUGAUGUGAGUGAUGGCGCUUGGCGUCAGACGUGCCUUUAUUAUGAAUAAGUGAAUGGAUUAAGAGAAACUUUGGGAUAAUAAAUGUGCCUUUGUUUGAAA